AUGGAUAUUAAUGGAUUCAUUCAAGAACAUUUUUUUGGGCUUGUUCAUGUAUCUGAUACUGCGGCUUUAACUUUAAAGGAGGCUAUAUAUUCUGCUUUGGCUCACUAUAAUUUGGAUGUUCAAAAUAUUAGAGGUCAAGGCUAUGAUGGUGCUAGUAAUAUGAGGGACGAGUUUAAUGGAUUGCAAGCUUUGAUUAUAAAAGAUUGUAAAAGUGCUUAUUAUGUUCAUCGGUUACAAUUGGCUUUGGUUGCAGCAACAAAAAAUGUGACACCUAUUCAUCAAUUUUUUGAUAGAUUAACUUUUAUAGUUAAUAUUAUUGGUUCUUCAUGUAAGCGUAAUGAUGAAUUGAAGGAUACUCAUGCAGAUGACAUUGCAUAUUUGAUUGCUAUUAAUGAACUCGAGACAGGGCGUGGACUUAAUCAGAUAGGUACUUUACAACGAGCUGUUGAUACACGUUGGAGUUCUCAUUUGAGAUCAUUGAAAGGUCUAAUUAAGAUGUUUAGUGCAUCGUGUACGGUAUUGCUCAAGAUUAUGGAUGAUGGGCUUCCUUCUCAACGAGCAGAUGCAACAACUGUUUAUGAUGAAAUGACUUCUUUUGAUUUUGUAUUCAUCUUGCAUCUUAUGAAAGAGAUUAUGGGGAUCACAGAUAUUCUUUGUCAGACUUUACAAAGUAAGUCUCAGGAUAUUAUAAAUGCAAUGGAGCUUGUAUUAUCUACUAAGAAUUUACUUCAACAGAUGAGGGAUAACAAGUGGGAUGAUUUGCUUGUAAAAGUGAAAUCCUUUUGUGAACUUCGAAAUAUUGACAUUCCUGAUUUCAAUGCUCCGUAUAUUAAUAAACGAGGUCGAGGGCGUGCUCAUCAAGACAAUUUCACCAUUGAACAUCAUUAUCGAAUAGACCUCUUUUAUGCUUCAAUAGAUUCACAGCUACAAGAAAUUAAUGGUUGCUUUAGUGAUGAUGCUAUGGAAUUGUUCAUUCUUAGUAAUGCCCUAAAUCCUCAAAAUGCAGCAGAGUCUUUCAGAGUUGUGGAUAUAUGUAAAUUAGUUGAAAAGUUUUAUACUCAGGAUUUUACCAGAGAUGAAAAAGAACAAUUGGAGAUGCAAUUGAAGCAUUACGAGUAUAACGUAGUCAAAGGGUCCAACUACAAAAAUCUUUCAACCAUUUCAGAAUUAUGUCAAUGGUUGGUAAAGACUAACAAGUCUGUUACAUACAACCUCAUUUUUAGAGUGAUCGUACUUGUACUUACUCUUCCGGUUUCUACGGCUACUUCAGAACGAUCAUUUUCUACGUGA